AUUCAGCUGUCGCGCCAUGGGGAACGACCACGCCGUCCACGACGGGGAGCUGUUGGCCGGGCGUGGGCCAGAGUCCCUGGGGACCGACGCCGGGCUUGGGGGCGCGGGCGCGGCGGCGCUGGUGGGGGGCGUGCUGCUCAUCAGCAUGGUGUUGGCGGGGAACUCGCUCGUGUGCGUGAGCGUGGCCUCCGAGCGCACUCUGCAGACACCCACCAACUACUUCAUCUUGAGCCUGGCGGCCGCUGACCUCCUCCUCGCAAUACUAGUGCUGCCUCUCUUUGUCUACUCCGAGGUCCAGGGUGGCGUGUGGCUGCUGAGCCCCCGCCUCUGUGACACCCUCAUGGCCAUGGACGUCAUGUUAUGCACUGCCUCCAUCUUCAACCUGUGCGCCAUCAGCGUGGACAGGUUCGUGGCUGUGACGGUGCCGCUGCACUACAACCGUCAGGGCCAGCGCCAGCUGCUGCUCAUCGCUGCCACGUGGUUGCUGUCCGCCGCGGUGGCUGCGCCGGUGCUGUGCGGCCUCAACGAUGUGCCCGGCCGCGAUCCAGCCGUGUGCCGCCUGGAGGACCGCGACUACGUGGUCUACUCGUCCGUUUGCUCCUUCUUCCUGCCCUGUCCGCUCAUGCUACUGCUUUACUGGGCCACUUUCCGCGGCCUGCGGCGCUGGGAGGCAGCCCGGCACGCCAAGCUGCACAGCCGCGCCCCGCGCCGACCCAGCGGCCCCGGCCCGCCGGUGUCCGACAGUGCUCCGGGCCCCUUCUUCCCAGACUGUCUGCCCCCCUCACCCAGCCUCCUGCAGAGCCCCAGCGGCUCCAGCCGGCCUGAGCCAGAUCCCUCUCAGGGACUCUGCGGCCCGGAGUGUCCGCUCCCCGAUGCAGGGCUCCCGCAAGCGCCAGCGCCAGCGCCGCCUUCCCGCAGAACGAGGGGCGCCAAGAUCACGGGAAGGGAGCGCAAGGCAAUGAGAGUCCUGCCCGUGGUAGUCGGGGCCUUCCUGAUGUGUUGGACGCCUUUCUUCGUGGUGCACAUCACGCGGGCGCUGUGUCCGGCUUGUCUCGUGCCCCCUCGCCUGGUCAGUGCCGUCACCUGGCUAGGCUAUGUCAACAGUGCCCUCAACCCCAUCAUCUACACCGUCUUCAACGCCGAGUUCCGCAGGGUCUUCCGCAAGUCUCUCUGUCUCCGCUGCUGAAAAGGUCACUGGUGUCAAGCAGAUCCAAGCCUGUGUGCGGAGUACGCUGACCCUCAUUCGUCUGAUUAAACUAAUUAUUUCCUAAUCAUUUACGAAGGCUGGGGGUCGGGGAGGAGCAAGGAAAAGAGGAGGGGCUUUGUUUUGUUUUGUUGCGUUUUGGCCUGGAUGUUGGGACCGGCUAACUCCUGCCUUUGAGGAUGUUGCCGGCUCAGUUCUAGGCGGCUUCUGGUCUCUUCUGUCCCAGGAGAGGUGGAAGAACUUCAGUUGGCUUAGUUUAACCUCAACAUGUAAAGUGACCAAGUGACUAGCUGGGAAAGGAGCUAGAGAAAUUUCCCGGGCGGCCGCUGGGUCCUGGAUCCUGUCCAGGGCAGCUCUUGCUCCUUGGAGAGCUAGGCAGGGAGGGCUCUGCUGUUAUUGAAGGGGAAGGAGCACCAUUUUGGGAGUUUUCUUGAGUACAUAGCUUCCUGCCAGCCUCUCACCAGGAGAUACCCAAAUCUCCCCGUUUCACUAAGGUGCCCUCCCACUCAGGCCCACACAGGCCAUCUUUACCCCAUGGAUGUCCAGCAGCAGGGUUCAAGGCAGGACUUGAGGGACCCAAGCAGCUCCUGCGCUCUUUGGCCAGGGCCCAUCCCAUCAAGAGAUGACUCCCGGCAGGGACGACUCACCCUAACACUACCCCCUCCUGUCAUGGGAGAGAUGUAAGUCAGGACGGCUGAGGGGGUUCUUAGAUUGGGGUUCCACACCAACAGCAACAGGCACAAAGUGUCAUACUCUGUUCUCAGGAUUGAGAAAUGACAAGCUAUGAGAUCUACAGCAGUUAAAAUAGUCCUUGUUGGGUAAGGAGCAAUUAAUUCCCCAGGACCGAGGGCGCUAUGGCCUCACUGGGCUCUGGCAGCUCGAUGCUCCCUGCUGGCCUCUGUUGAUGUCUCAGGACUAGCAAGCUCCUGGCGGGGAGGUGUCAACGGAGUCAUGGGUUCAUAUUUGUCCACACACUGUCUAACAUUAGUGGAAUUGGGGCUCCCUUAAGUUUUACCCCUCGAGACCCUGGAAUACCAAAUGCGCCUGCCCUUUGCUGACUCCCACUGGAAAGUUCUGCAGAUAAAAAUGUACGGCUGAAUUCAUGUGAGUGGGGCAGAAGUCACUGGAAGCUUGAUGCAGCUUGGGGAACUGAACCCUAAGUGCCCAUGUCCUGAGACCCUUUGAGUUUCUUCCUUAGAGGAAAGGGAAAGAAUAAAUUGAAUCAAUUCCACUGCUCUUGAAUGGUCACCCUCUCAAAACCAUCUUGGUGUUCUGGGACCUUCACACAGUGCCACUCCUUGGGGGGGGGGAAGACAUCCUGGCUGCCCCCUGCGGGCUGUCCUGUGGUUAGCAGUGACUGGCCAUUUUCCUGUUAAGGUGCGAUGACUUUGCCAAGCUGUCAGUGUGCAAACUGAGCUGUGCUGUGUAGCCUCAGCCUACUCUGCAUGGCCUUGGUGGCUGGUUAGAGCUGAGAGCUACUCCGCCACCAGAAAGCACUUCCGGGAAAGAAGGGCAAGGCCCAGGCUUGAUUCCGGCAGAAAUAAACAGGGUGGUCAUGAAGACCUUACUCAAUGGGAAGGGCCUCAGGCCUGAGGCCUCCAGGUGUGCCUGGCUCACUGAUAAGCCUUGGGGAGAAGGUGGGGACCCCAGAGA